AGCAAGUGGCGUGGACCUUGCCGCAAAGCCGCUGGGCCGACCUGCGCCGCGAGCCCACAACAUGCAGCCACACGACCCACUUUCACUGGAACGGGUCUACACGAGCAUCCCGCAGGUCCCAACGGCGCCACAAAGUCCACGAACAAACAGAAGCUUGAGGCAUCGCAGAUUCGCAGACAUGGCGAGCCCUAGCCGCCGGGGCCUCCAGGCUGCACCGCCGCCGCCUCUGCCACCCUUCAUCGACGCAUCCUCCGGGGCUACCCCUAGUCGGCGGCCCCAUCUACAUGUGCCGGCAACCGCGUCGUCGGCGCGCCCUCCGACGUCGCGCCCUCCAGCGCAGCGCAUGUUCACGGGAUCCUCUUCUUCCGCCGCGGCAGGCUCCCCCUCCCUGAAGCGGAAGGUCCCAAGUGUGAAGCAGAUCAAUGCACCGCAAGCAAAGCGGUUCAUGUCACCAAUAGUACCAAUGGCCGUGAGGUCACCUGGGAUAAAGAUAAUGUUAUCACCAAGAGUUGGGUCCCCAUCUACAUCACUGGCAAGGUCCCCAUCGCCAAUCCCAAUAUCUCCCUCUAGCAGAUCUUCAUGUCGAAAUAGAAGACGGAAACUUACAUCUAAGAUAUGGACUGAAUUUGAACCUAUAUAUGAUGGUCAAACUCUUGUGCAAGCUAAGUGCAUUCAUUGCAGCAGAAUAUUCAAAGCAAAUCGAGAUUUUGGCACAAGUGGUUGUCGUAGGCAUCUAAAUAGUUGUGAGGGAAAAUCCAGAUUUGAUCAUAUGCGUACCCAAAUGAAUUCCAAUAAUCUGUCCUUGCAUGGUGCUCUAAAGAACUGGAAAUUUGACCAAGAAGUAGCUCGACAAGAACUGAUUAAGUUGAUUGUCGUACAUGAAUUGCCAUUCAGUUUAGUUGAUUACGCAAAAUUUAGAAACUUUGUUGCUAGCCUAAAUCCUUGGUUCACACUAGUUUCUAGAACUACCAUCAAGGCUGAUUGCAUUGAUGCAUAUGAGGAAGGGAAGGCAGCCCUACGAAAGAUCUUACAAACCUCGACAUCUAGAGUUUCACUCACAGCUGACUUGUGGACUUCAAAUCAAACCCUAGGCUACUUAUGUGUCACAUGCCACUUUAUUAAUGAUAAUUGGAGGCUCGUUAAAAGGAUUAUAAAGUUUACUCUUGUAGAGACACCUCAUGAUGGUAGAAACUUGUUCAAUGCUAUGCUAAGGACUCUCCAAGAUUGGAACAUAGAAGAUAAGGUCUUUGCAAUCACAGUAGACAAUGCAACAGUAAAUGAUUCUUUUGUGACAUCUUUGCAAGAGAACCUUGUAGCCAAGAGUUUGCUACUCCGUAAAGGAAAAUUGUUUCAUUACCGGUGUGCUGCACAUGUCUUAAAUCUGAUAGCUCAAGAAGGUUUCAAGGCCAUGAGUGGUGCUAUCGACAAUAUCAGAGAUAGUGUAAACUAUGUAAAGAGCUCACAAGCUCGCAAGGAAAGAUUUGAAAAAAUGGUCCAGCAAGUAGGUAUAACUUGUCAGAAGCGCCCUACUCUUGAUGUUGCUACAAGAUGGAAUUCAACAUAUGAAAUGCUCAAUUCAGCUUCGGAGUAUAAGAGGGCAUUUGAAGCUUUGACUCGAGAGGACACUCAAUAUGUACACGAGCCUUCGAUUGAGGAAUGGGACAUGGCCAAGAAGCUUUGCAGCAUGUUGAAGGUAUUCUAUGAUGCAACUAAAGAAGUGUCAGGCUCCAAAUAUCCUACUUCUAGCUGCUAUUUCCAUCAGAUUUGGGAGGUGAAGAGAAUGUUGGACAGAGAGUCCUCUAAUGCAGACCAAGUCAUUGCAUCCAUGGUUCACGAGAUGAAGGAGAAAUUCAAGAAAUAUUGGGAUCUAUCGUUCUUGAAGAUUUGCAUUCCUGUUAUUCUAGAUCCUAGAUUUAAGUUUGGCUUUCUUGACUUCCGUUUGAAAAAAGGCUUUGAAAAUAGAGCAUCCUUAUACCUUUCUGAAGUGCAGAAAACAUUUGUAAAACUCUUUGCUGAGUAUUCGUCAGACUCAAUCUACAAGAAUGCACAAACAGUAAAUGAUGAUGAACUAAAUGUAGAUGAAAGCAACCCAUGGGCAGAUUGGGGGAAGCAUCAAAGUGUGCAGCAAACGAGAAGAAUAAGUGAGCUUGACGAGUACUUGGAAGAAGAAACAGUCCCCAUAGGAGUUCCUUUCGACAUCCUAGAGUUUUGGAAGAUGAACUCCACCAAGUAUCCUACACUUGCAUGUAUGGCACGUGACUUGUUAGCAGUCCCUGCCUCAACGGUAGCCUUUGAAUCAGCAUUUUCCACUGGAGAGAGGGUUAUAAAUGACUACAGAAGCAGAUUGACUAGUGACACAAUAGAGGCUCUUAUCUGUCUGCAAGAUUGGAUACGAGCAAAAGACUCUACAUGGGAUAACAUAGCUGGUAAUUGGACUAGAAAUGAUGGCGAUGAUGAAAUUUAA